AUGGCCACAACGCUACCAUAUCGCCCGUCUAACGACUCCCUCUCCGCCUCGAAUAACCGCCAAACGAGUGGCCUCCCUCGGUUGUCGCCCGCGCCCUCCUUUAUUGGACGCUCGCCCAGCAGUUCACACGGCUCAUAUCGACGGACAUCUACAGAAAAUGCGGUGUCUAGUUAUAGGCCACGCCGGUGCAAGGCACAAUACCCCCUCGACUCGCCCGAGCGCCAUGUGGAAUACAUUUUGGUAGCCUCAUUUCACAUUGACCGAGGCCCAAUUAUGGAGCACCAAUAUCCCGCCGCAAUCAGUGGUGAUGAGAGCAUGCUUGCGGAGCUGAUGCUGCCGGAUCAGACACAUGUACGGAGUCAAGAUUGGACUAUAUUUUUCUUGCACAAGGAUACAAGCGGUGACGAUGAGGAGGAACCCGGGAGUGGAAAGAAGAAAAAGCGCAAGUCGAAAUACCGCGGAAACGAGGAGGGUGCCGAUAUUCAAGAUGAGAACUUUGACGAAGCCUCCGAUGACCCAGAUAGCAGCGACGACGAGGGUGGUGAAGGGCCACCCUUGAUGUAUGUGCUGAAUCUGGUCAACACAAAGCAGGAUAACACCGUACGACGAGGCGCUGUUGUCAAGGCUAUGGCAAUUUGUACGCGGCAUUCAUUCCUUCAUAUCUAUAAACCUUUGCUACUUUUGGCCCUGGAGGAUUACUUCAAGUCGCCAUAUCCCGAAACACUAGCAUCUCUUUACGACGCCGUCAACAAUAUGGACCUGUCCCUAAUGCCGAAAAUGUCCCUGCUGGAGCGCAAUAUUCUUCAAUCCAGCAACACGAAGGAAAUGUUCCUGGAAAAGUUCGAGCAAAUGAUUCGCCAACGAGAGGAGGAGGAAAGCCAAGAUGGGGAGUGUCCACCGUCGCCUAAGAAAAUGAGUCGAUACGCCUUACCGCGGGACACACACGAGUACGAGUCAAAGGUCGUCUACAAUGACAUUCCUAUCCCGGUCAAAAUCCCGACUGUGAUCUGGCCAGAGACUGUUGGAGAUUUCUCUCUCAUCAAACUCAUUCAGACCUUUGCCGCUCCUCAUGCUACAUCUCCUCAGGCUUUCCCGGCCCAUCCUCAUCUGACAACAAGUGGCCAAUUCACACACCCCAUCAUUGUUCUCGUCAACGCUAUUCUCACGCAGAAGCGUGUUAUAUUCUUGGGACACAACCGACCUUCUGGAGAAGUAGCCGAGGCAGUUUUAGCGGCGUGUGCUCUUGCAUCUGGGGGUAUUCUGCGUGGAUUCACUCGACACGCAUUCCCCUAUACGGAUCUGACCAAAAUCGAUGACCUCCUCAAAGUACCUGGUUUCAUUGCAGGAGUCACAAACCCGACGUUUGCCAAUCACCCCGAAUGGUGGGAUGUAAUGUGUGAUCUGCCCACCGGUCGUAUGAAGAUCUCGACUCACGUCGAGCCUGCACCGGUAACAGAAGGACUUCUUUUCUUCCAGCAGCAGAACUCACUUCUGCCACACCAUGCAUCCAACACGACGUCAGACCCUACAGGCGACACUCUAUUUAUGGAAGAUAUCCUGCGCAGUAUCACCCAGCGACAUGGCGAAAAUGCGAUCCGAGCAAAAUGGCGUGCAUAUAUCACGAAGUUCGUCCGUGUCGCCGCAGCAUUCGAGGAGGCAGUUUACGGUGCAUCCAACCUAUAUAUCAUCGGCCCAGGCGAAGAGCUGUCCCCAGACAGCCCAACAGGCCAGCAAACCGAUGCAAACGACCCAACCUCCCUCCGAGGCCACGGCUACGUCUGGGCUGAUGAGAACGCGAAACAGCGCGAGCUCUCAGCCUCGGUAUCCCGAAUCGAAGGCUGGCGCAAUACCCGCUCUUACUACUCCUAUAUCCAAGACAUCGCCGCAAUGUACUAUCCCGCGCGACCAAUCCAACGACCAGACAUCCACCAUCACCACGACCGCCUCCGAGCCCUAAAGCUCUCUCACUCCGAAGCAGCAUCCGUCUACCUAGCCCUGUCGCACUCGGUCAAAGACUACGCAGGAAUCUGCCAGCUCCUCUAUGUCGCUCCAGAAAACCAAGCCGGACUGUUCUACGUGAGCAUGGGCCUGUUUCACCCCGACCAAGUAGUCCGCGAAGCCACAGUGGAUCUUCUCGACCGAAUCGCCGCUCACCCCGCGGGUCGCCAUUUCUGGACUCACGUCGGCCGAUUCGCCAAAUUGGGGUAUAUCCGUGUAAAGCGGGAGCGCGACGCCGCCACACAAAGUCCCAUCUCAGGCGCUGCAUCGCCUACUUUGCCUCUGAGUUCGAGUUCGGGAAAUAGCUUCGGCAAUGAGCCGCAAAGUCUCGUUGGUGUAGCGAUGGGAGAUGGUAUGUCUAGGAGGAGCUGA